UUGUUUGGUCCCGACUUCCUUGGUACGUCUUGAUGGGACCCUCCAAGCUAUGACGCCAUGUGGAGACAUCUGCAGCGUGAUCGGGGGCCAACCGGCGCCCCUUCGGCUCCGCAGGUGCCACAUGCCUUCCAAAGCGGAGGUAGCCGAGGCAGUUUAUGCAGCCGCGCCAGAAGGGCCCCGGCGAGGAGGACCACUGUGUUGCCGACGGCAGUCAGCUCGGUGGCCCUCUUUUUCACGCUGGGUUUCUCCGUGGCCAAGGCGGACUUGACCUUCAAGGUCUUUACUCGCGAUCCGCAGGGCUAUGCCUCGCACAUCCGCUUAGUGGACGGUUCGCAGAUCGAGUACUUCUCCGAUGAGUUCAACGAGCUUUGCACCCAAGUGGGCGCGACACCGGUGUCGGCCAACAACCCCAUCGGUGCAGGCUGCGAUGUGGCGGGUGGCAGCUGCGUUCAGGGCAUCUCUCAGCGAUUCCAACAUCCACAGGUGAGGGAGGUGGAUGCCGCAGCCCGUGCUGAGUUGCCAGAGCAUCAGUACUUGGAAGAUGGGCAGCUGGACAAUCCCUACUCGGGCCGUGUCAGUGCGGGCAACUACACCGAAGUGAUCACCACCAAGGAGUUCAUCCCGGAUGGCGAUCUACUUCCGGUGCCGCACACGCGCACGCAGCUCUGUCACUACGCCUUGCGGCUCACGCAACCCGUGAGUGCGCAGAAUUCCGCUGCUUGGAGCCGAUUCAAACAGCUGGUGGCCUACGGCUUUGAGACUGAGUUCCACUUCCGCGUCUUCCAUCGCACCAAGGAGUGCUGGAUCGGCGAGUGGUGUGAGCCCGCAGGCGCCGAUGGCUUCGCUUUUGUGGUGCAGAACGAGGGACGCAAGAUUGUGGGUAAUGACAUCUCGGGCAAUGGCUACGGCUUCCGCUACAGUUUGGCGGUGGAGUUCGACAUGUAUCGCAACCCGGACCUUGGGGAGCUCACUGGGAACCACAUCAGCGUGCAUGUGCCACCGCGCAAAGGAGAGCCCAACUCGGCGGACCACCGGCUCUCAUCGAUUGCCUAUACCGACGACAUUCCUCCACUGCAAGAAGGGACACAUGUGGUGCGCAUCGUCUAUGAUGUCAGUAGCAUCCGCUGGGAUGAGUACGGCACGGACUUCGACUCGGACGCCACCGGUGACUUCCUGCGGCUGCAGCACAGUGGUCGUGCAGGUCUCCUGUCGGUGGAGCUGGACGGACGUCGCGUCAUCGUGGUGCCUGUGGACCUGGCCAACAUCGUGAACGUGGACGGCACUGAGAAGGCCACCGCCAACACGCCCAGGCAACCGGAUCCUGAAGCUUAUGACGAGAAGGGCGCUAGUCCUGGACGUGCAUGGGUGGGAUUUAGCAGCAGCACCAGCUACUUCCAAUUCCAGUCUGUGGAUAUCCUUUCCUGGACCUUCCAGGAGUAUGCGGCCUGCCCCUUGGACGGCGUGGAGGAUUCCCGUGCCACGAUCCGGGGCCAGGGACCAGAGGUGCACUGCAUCAUCCGAAUGGGAACCUUGGGUCGGAGCACUUGCACAUGGGAUAGAAGGCAGAACUGCAGCCUCAUCAUCCAGAACGCCGGACGCUCUGCCAUCAAGAUCUCUGCACACACCAGCCAUCAUUUGCCCCAUGAGUACGAAGGCUGCGACAACGGCAUUUUGGAGUGGGACGCGAUGCAUCCCUGGUUCCUGGGCUGUCGCCGGACGGUGCGCUUCACCCAUGAGCUGCAAGAGCUCUGGAUCACCUCCCUGGACGGGGUUCGGGCGCUCACCAUCAGCGAUGAUCAGAUCUUAGGGAAGUCCCCCGUGCUGUUCAAGCGCGAGCGACUCUUCCAGUAUUGCGUGAUGGAGCACAAGUACGACCCCUUCACCUUCUACUUUGCAGAAUGCAAUUGCGAGUAUUGCAUGCGCCUCCUCACCAUCUCCAACCUCUACAACAUCCUCUACCAGCACCAAUGCUCUGCCCGAUAUGGCCUAUACUGCCCCUGCUUCGAGGCCUCCGAGGUGCAGCACGACACCUCCACUUGGACCACCCUCGAGCCCUUACGCCAUAUGAGGAUCCACAUUUGCCGUGGCUGCGCCUACACCUCACACUGUGCCAAAAUGCUGAAGGUGGCUACCUGUGAAGUCUCCGACACAGGAUAUCAGCUGGGAAAUCCCUUUGCGCCCACCAUUUUGGAGAACGGCUUCCAGAACACCUCCUUGGAUCAAGAUCGUGUUCCGACCGGGUACCUCCGUGGAGAUGCUUGUAACUGCGAGCCGCAGGCGCAGCACUUGGUGCUCUUUCAAGGUCGCCGAGAAGCGUGCCCUUGAGGAAGAGUGGGAGCAUCUGACCAGGCAACUUGAUGUUGUAAACAAGCGGCUGAAAAGGUUGGAGGCCUCUGACCAGUGAGGCUGGGCUCCAAGCUGAGCGAUGCAGGAGGAGGAAGCCGUGGUUAUAGGAAAAAUUGGGAGCCACUCUGCACAGUUUUUCCUGGUGUUCACUGCUAGCAAGUACGUGGCCUACCCAUGACUUCAGAUGUAUUCCCGAUGAGCCCAACACCCCACCAGGGGCAAAGGUGGGGAGUUGGCUGGCAUGAGGGUAUUUCGCUGUUUUGGUGCAGUUUUGUGGAGACCUCGAUUGCUUCAGCAAGUGGUUGGGAGUGCCAGUUUCCACAAACCAUGCAAAGCCAUGUUGCCAAUGCAAAUGCAUAAUUGCUGGAAAUGGCAGCUGGAUGGACAAGCCAUUGAAUUCACCUUGGCAAAGCACAAUCCUGACACCCAGGAAUUGGAAGCAACACUGGCAGAGCACUUGCCAAUUUCGACUACGCGGCAUAGAUGGAAAUGGAAAAAAUUGAAACGUAAAAAUUGAAAAUCUAAAGUUUGAAUCGAACACCGGAAGGAUG